CUGAACGCGCAGUAAUAACUAUUGGGUGGCUAGCAGUCUUAGACACUUUGUCGAGAGUUUAGCACAUCAUUUAAAAUUGUCCUAAAUUACUGAUUUAUUGCUAACAUAUAACAACAAUGUUAACAGAGUACGCGGGAAAUCUUUCACAUCCCUUGGAGUUUGGACAUGUGUUGGAAAUCGUAGCCAAAACAAUCGAUGGAGCGUCCAGGUUCCACAUAAACCUUUGCACCGCUAAAUCGGUUAUAAGCCCAGAUGCUGAUAUUGGUUUGCGAUUUUCUUGCUACUUUCGGAAUGAUAUGAUUGUGCGCAAUGCCCGCAUACAGGGUGUCUGGGGCGAGGAGGAGACCAAAGUCAUGGACAGCUUGACGCUGCCAAAUCCCAUAGUUAGUGGCGAAUUCUUUAUGGUCUAUAUAUUGGCUUGUGAGGACCGCUUCCACAUAUCCAUCAAUAGUCGGGAGUUUUGUACGUUUGCCUAUCGGAUACCAUUAGGAGCGAUUCGAGCUUUGGAGAUCCGCGAUCAAAUACAAGCGAUUAAACAAGUUGAUCAUCGGACGAUAUUUCCGAAUCCUUGGCCCGCCAUACACGCAUCGGAUUAUUUCAAAACCUUUAGCAAUGACCAGCCUAUACUUUUCAGUCCGGGCCACUUGAUUAUAAUCACCGCGCGUUGCUUUGAGAGCAAGCGCGGUCAAUUUAUCAUAAAGUUUAUGGAUUCGGACACAAAGCGCGAAGAGCUGCAUUUCAGUGUGCGCUUUGAUGAGAAGGUCGUUGUACGAAAUUCUAUGAAUAAAAAUUUUGAAUUUGGCAACGAGGAGCGCCAUGGAGGGUUUCCAUUUGUCUUUAAUCAACAAUUCAAAUUGGCCUUGGCGUUCACAGAACGCGAAGUCCUCACUGCUGUAGAUGGCUACAAUUUCUUUAGCUAUGCCUGGCGGACGCCCAAUGCCAUGACAAAUCUUGUUGGUUUUAAGAUGACUUCCGUUAAUGGACUGCACAUACAAAUAACAGGAGUUGACCAUUUGCAAACGGGUGAUCCAGGCUGCACGGGUUUUGAAAAAUAUUCACGACAUGACUACGAGUGUGCAUAGACAUUAAAGGCUGGAAUUCCAAAA